UUUCGUAUAUUUUAUAGAUCAAGCUUUAUCGUGAUAUUAAGCAUUCUUUAUAGAACUUUAAAAGCGACUUAUUUUAUUUUGGCGACUCUCCCGAUGUCGCGCCUUGAAUCUGGAGAUGGUUUUCUGAAGCGCGAGCAGAAAAACCAGGAGGUGGUGGAGAAUGUGAUUGGUGAGCUGAAAAAGAUCUACAGGAGCAAGCUGCUGCCCCUGGAGGAGCACUACCAGUUCCAUGACUUUCACUCGCCCAAGCUGGAGGACCCGGACUUCGAUGCCAAGCCCAUGAUACUGCUGGUGGGGCAGUAUUCCACGGGCAAGACGACCUUCAUUCGAUACCUGCUGGAGCGAGACUUUCCCGGCAUUCGGAUUGGUCCGGAGCCCACAACAGAUCGGUUUAUUGCCGUGAUGUAUGAUGACAAGGAGGGCGUCAUACCCGGCAAUGCUCUGGUGGUGGACCCCAAGAAACAGUUCCGUCCAUUGUCCAAGUACGGUAACGCGUUCCUCAAUCGCUUGCAGUGCUCCAGCGUGGCCUCGCCGGUGCUGAACGCCAUCUCCAUUGUGGACACGCCCGGCAUCUUGUCCGGCGAGAAGCAGCGCAUCGAUCGUGGCUACGACUUCACAGGGGUGCUGGAGUGGUUCGCGGAGCGCGUCGAUCGGAUCAUCCUGCUGUUCGAUGCCCACAAGCUGGACAUCUCCGACGAGUUCCGGCGCUCGAUCGAGGCCCUCAAGGGACACGACGACAAGAUUCGCAUCAUCCUCAACAAGGCGGACAUGAUCGAUCACCAGCAGCUCAUGCGCGUCUAUGGUGCGCUCAUGUGGUCCCUGGGCAAGGUGCUGCAGACGCCGGAGGUGGCCCGCGUCUACAUUGGCUCGUUCUGGGACCAGCCGCUGCGGUUCGAUGCAAACCGACGGCUGUUCGAGGACGAGGAACAGGAUCUCUUCCGCGACCUGCAAUCCCUGCCCCGCAAUGCCGCCCUGCGCAAGCUGAACGAUCUGAUCAAGAGGGCGCGCCUGGCCAAGGUGCACGCCUUCAUUAUCGCUGAACUGCGCAAGGACAUGCCCUCGGUGUUUGGCAAGGACAGCAAGAAGAAGGAUCUGAUCAAGAACCUGGGCCAGGUCUACGAUCGCAUUCAGCGCGAGCAUUCGAUAUCGCCCGGCGACUUUCCGGACAUUAAGAAAAUGCAGGAUGUCCUGCAGCAUCAGGACUUUACCAAGUUCCAUUCGCUCAAGCCCCAUCUUCUGGACAUUGUCGACAACAUGCUGGCCAAGGACAUAGCGCGACUCAUGGAAAUGAUACCCCAGGAGGAGAUGACGCUCGUCAACGAGCCCAUCGUUAAGGGUGGUGCCUUCGAGGGUGUCAUCGACGACCACGUCUCGCCAUUCGGCUACAUGAAGGGCGAGGGCAUUGAUGCCGGCUGCGGAGAGCACGAAUGGAUUUGCAACAAGGAUAAACCACGCACAGACACCAUCUUCGAAGGCCUGAGCCCGGUCGAUGGCAAAAUAUCCGGUGCCACUGCCAAGCAGGAGCUAAUCAAAUCGAAACUGCCCAACUCGGUGCUUAGUAAAAUCUGGAAACUGUCCGAUGUCGAUGGGGAUGGCUUCCUGGACGCUGAGGAAUUUGCGCUGGCUUUGCACUUAAUCAAUGUCAAGCUGGAAGGCUGUGAGCUACCCACAGUAUUGCCGGAACACUUAGUACCACCGUCGAAGCGCUAUGCCUAAAUACAUACCCAAUAAUAUACAAAACACACACAAAUCAAUCGAAGACGUCGGCCAGCUGGCCAACUCCCACGAUGCACCAUGUUCGAUUCUGCCUUUUUAUAUGUACUAUACUCGU